AUGGAUGACGAAAAAAACAACAAGAAAACGACAGGAGUGGUUGUUAUGGAGGAAGGUUGUGAUAUUGGUGGUUUAUUGAUGAACUUAGAAGCUCUCACUGCUGACGUGCAGAAUUUAGUACAAACACCAUUUCCAAUAUUUGAAUUUUUUGAGAAACUGAAACAAUCUAUGCCAUAUGUAUCAAAUCACUCGUGCGAGCAUGAACAAGAAUUUCACUUCCCUAAAGAUCACCCUUUUGAAAGUUUUGAAGAAUUAUGUUGUUUUAUGUUAAUCAAUCACUUUGGAAUUUCUAAACAAGCAUAUAAUUUCAUGAUUCAAAUGCUGAAAUCAACAUUUAAAGACCGUCCUGAGUUGAUGAAAUUAUUUGUGAGCUAUGAUACCUUGAAAGCAAGAGGAAAUAAUUUGAAUCCCCAAAAACCCAUGCAGUUCAAUGAUAAUUUCAUCCUUUACUCUGUACAAGAUACUAUUCGAAACAUGUUAAUGGAUCCGUAUUUGGUCAACCAAUUAUGUCUCAACCGAGAAAAGCAUCAACAACAGUUUGCAACCAAGCAACCAUUUCAAUCUAAAAUAUUCAACAAAAUUUUGGAGAAGUGUCAAAGUGAUAUAUUCCCUCUUGUGAUGCUGAUAUAUGUGGACGAUUUUGUAAAAUUCAGAACAAAGUCAACAUCAACAUGUGGAGUGUACUCAAGUUUGUUGAAUUUCAAUAGCGACUUCAUGAGAAAACUUGAAUCUAUAAGCUUACUUGGGUUCUCAAAAACUCACUGCGAUUUUUGGACAAUGACAAGCCAUUUGAUGAAAGAAAUUAAUCACCUUGAUGGGGAGAUAAUUGAAAUAGAAGAUCCCUCUACAGGUGAGUCUAGAAAAUUUCAGAUUGUUGUUGCAGGGUUUUUAUGGGACACAGUCGAGAAGAUGUAUUCCUUGCAACUCAUGAAAGAAGAAUGUAGCCGUUGUGAAGGAAUUUAUGAUAAUCAACAUAAAACACCAGAUUGUUUAUUUGGAGCGUCUACGAUAGAAGAUCCAAAGUAUGUCACGCAUUUCGAGAAAAGAAAUAUAUUUGAAGCAAACACUGUUAUUAAUAGCAUCGAUUUAAGAUCAAAUGACAGAACAAAGGACAAGGGUUUUAAACCCUUAAUAUGGGAAGAAAUGCAAUUCAAAGAUUUGAAAUUAUCUAAAGCGAAAAUAACGCAAAAAUUACGAGAAUUACCUGUUCUGCAUAUCAAAUGCAUUCCACAACUAAUGCUAUCAGCAAUAGAUAUCAGCAAAGUCAAGUCUAAAUGUAGCUGUAUUUGCUAUUCAUUGCCAUCUGGGUUAAAGUGGCAAUUGAAUCAAUUUGCAUUUUGUUAUAAUUUUUGUAAAUAA